UUCCAUUGUUAUCCGAAUUAAAUUUCUUUUAACAUAACAAAAUACUGGAGAUAAUAAAAGUGGGGAACGGAAAGGUUUCUUGUAUUUUUAUCCUUUCCUCUACUAGAGAAAAUUAAAACGUGUCGUGGAUAACACACAGAUCUUAAUUACUGUAUAGGAUUACCAAAAACCACGUAUUUGGCAGAAUGAUUGAUAUAAUUAAUUAUUCGCCCUAAAUUGAACUGUUGAGGAACACAAGACAGAGGCUCUCAUAAUCCCGUUUGGAUAAUCUUUUGUGGGGAAAUUUAGAGAAGUUCUCUGAAAAACUUGUCCAGAGAAAAAUAGCACUAAAGCAUGUAUACAUUUCUGUUAUUUUCUUGAUGUGUAUUUAUUUAAGGAUAUUUAAAUGAAUAAGUGGGAAUUCACGUAGCAGAUCUUAUUUGGGAUUGAGGCAUAGUUGCUAUUGUAUACUUCUUCUACCCAAAAUAACUACGGGUAAAUGAAAUUUGAUUAUUUGAAAAAUUAGACUGAUUACAUGCCAAAACUCUAAAAACAGACCAGACUGAUAGAGAAAAGUGUAAAACAUUUUACUUAUCAGUGCAUUCAUUUAACCGAAAACUUCCAUCCAGAAAAUCUGAUCAAAGUGUAUCAAACAAAACAAGAAUUUCAUAAAAUAUUCUCUCAUUCUUUUAUUUUCAGAGUCACUGGCAAACCCCUCUUAAAAAUAAAUUCAUUUGAGCCAACACCAAGAAAUUAAACUCAGGGAGUGGGGAUCCGGUUCAUAGUGCAAGUGUUUUCAAUCCCAGUUCCCAUCUCAGAUCUGUGUCUGAUCUAAUACAAUUUUGCCAACUACUUUCUUUAUAAUUCCACAGUGCUAACUUCCCUUUUUCGCUAGCUCGCAAUUCAGCAUUUUCUUGUAAAUCUAUCAACAAUGUCAUCAACAUCUUUACACCAAAGACCUCUUUACAAUCCUCUCACAGACCCACAUCCAUUAUCCCCACCAUCUUCUCAAACUUACCAAAAACCCACUUCUUUUCUUCAAAGCCGAACCACCCUUUUGUUCCUUCUUUCUCUUUUAGUAAUUCUUGGAGUUCUCUAUCCAUACAUUCAAUUUCCUCAAAAUGGGUUUCUCUCUUACACCUCAAAAUCCAAUCUUUUUGAAUCCAAAUGGCGUGACUAUUCUUUGCCUAAAGCUGCAGCCUUUGUGGCUAAGAAUAAUACACUUAUAGUAUGUAUUGUUAGUGAACCUUACUUACCCUUUUUGAAUAACUGGUUGAUUAGUAUUGUGAGACAAAAACAUCAUGAGAAAGUUCUUGUUAUUGCUGAGGAUUAUCCUACUUUGUUUAAGGUUAAUGAAAGGUGGCCUGGUCAUGCUGUGAUUAUUCCUCCUGUUUUGGAGUCCCAAACUGCUCAUAAGUUUGGAUCUCAGGGAUUCUUCAACUUUACGUCCAGAAGGCCUCGGCAUCUUCUGCAAAUUUUGGAGCUUGGUUAUAAUGUCAUGUACAACGAUGUUGAUAUGGUUUGGUUAGCGGAUCCAUUUCAAUAUUUAGAAGGAAAGCAUGAUAUAUACUUCAUGGAUGACAUGGCUGCGGUAAAACAUCUGAAUCACUCUCAUGGUUUGCCACCUCCAGGGAAGAAGGGUCGGCCUUAUAUCUGUAGCUGCAUGAUCUAUGCACGACCCACCAAUGGAGCAAAACUAGUUAUGAAAAAGUGGAUUGAGGAAAUGCAGAUUCAACCAUGGUCCAGAGCAAAGAAAGCUAAUGACCAGCCAGCUUUUAAUUGGGCAUUGAUGAAAACUGCUGAACAGGUUGACAUGUAUCUGCUUCCUCAGUCAGGAUUCCCAACGGGUGGUCUAUACUUUAGAAACAAGACUUGGGUGAAGGAAACUAAGGGAAUGCAUGUUAUUAUUCAUAACAACUACAUAGUCGGUUUUGAGAAGAAGACAAAACGUUUCCGUGAUUAUGGUCUCUGGUUGGUGGAUGAUUAUAGCUCUGAAUCUCCACUUGGCAGAUUAGACUAGAUAGGAAGAGAGUAAAAAGACCCCAUGAUGUCCUUUUGGCAAACCACCGGAGCUAUUAUUUGAACAGCAGCACGCCAAAGUUCUCUCUUCCCUAAAGGCUUUGGAAGUUUUAGGAGCUGGCGGACAUGCAUUGCCAUCUCUCAAAUCAUUUCAUUCAGUUGAUAUGAUGUGAUGCUAAACGAAAAUGCAUAGAUUUUGUAUUUCCACCCCAGAUUUGUUGAGAACUCUGCUAUUGUUUAUCUAAUGUUUGCUUUGUUCUCAUAAAAAACGAGUCUGCAUUAGGGACUCCAAAAAAUGCUCUAUUCUUUCGCUCUUUGUACUCCAAUAUUGAUUUGUAUAAUUGUAUCUGUUCUGUAUACAAGACACAGUAAUUUGUGUAAUACUGAGAGAAAUCUUUAGUUAACAAAACAACUCAAGCUUGAACAGCUCU